UGUGUCUCCCUCUUCGGACUGAAGCGCAUCACAGAGGAGGAGAAAUGAAUGAGACGCAGGUUUGAACCUGGUUAUUUGAUGGAUUAACCGGAGGGAAGCGUUAAAUCAUCCAGAAAUCACGACCCGAGGCCGAACUCCAGAUCAGACGGACAGCUGAUGGUUGCUGACUAGCCAAUGGGGCUGUUUGACAAGUUGGCGGGAUGGCUGGGGCUGAAGAAGGAGGUGAAUGUUCUAUGUCUCGGUCUGGACAACAGCGGAAAGACCACCAUCAUCAACAAACUCAAGCCGUCCAAUGCCCAGGCACAAGACAUCGUCCCAACCAUUGGUUUCAGCAUAGAGAAGUUCAAGACCUCCAGUCUUUCCUUCACAGUGUUUGACAUGUCAGGUCAAGGCAGGUACAGAAACCUCUGGGAGCAUUACUACAAGGAAGGUCAGGCGAUCAUAUUUGUCAUUGAUAGUGCAGACAAAUUGAGGAUGGUUGUUGCCAAAGAAGAACUGGACACAUUACUGAAUCAUCCCGAUAUUAAACACAGGAGGAUCCCCAUCCUUUUCUUUGCAAACAAGAUGGAUGUCAGGGAUGCUCUGUCGUCAGUCAAGGUCUCCCAGCUGCUCUGUUUGGAGAACAUCAAAGACAAACCCUGGCACAUCUGUGCCACAGAUGCUCUGAAAGGAGAAGGUUUACAGGAGGGAGUCGACUGGUUGCAAGAUCAAAUCAAAACAUUGAGAACAUGAGGACCCGAGCGAAAACGCUUGAAGAAACAGCAUCUGUUAAAGUGUGUCAUGUAAGAUGUGUUGACCUUGUUUUCAGAAGUACAGGAAGAGAGCAAUGCUUUUAAUACUGUAUUGAGGUGAUUCUUGGACGUGUGUGGUUAGGGUUAUCUCAUUUAGAACAAUAAAACUAAUACAAAUCCUAAAUUAUUGAGAAUUAUACACGUUGAGGAGUUCAUUUUUAGUCAAAUUUCCAUCAGUCUUAACAGCCAUUUUCAAAGGAACAAUAACAUUUAAACAUGGACUUCUAUUUACAUUAUCCCUCCCAUUCCUCCAAACAGCUGUUUAAUAUCUCUGUGUAUCAGGGAUUGUGAUGCUCUUAAAAAAACUCAAUGUGGUUGGUGUUGUCUCACUUUCAAGGAGCAUGAAAACCUAGGAUGUCUUGUAGAGAAGACAAACAUGUUAGUUGCUGUGUUAUGUUUUAGCUAUACAGUAUCCCUCCCCCGUCUGAUAAAUGGUACGUGCCAGCUUCCCCGAAGAGAAGUGUGGAAGAUUCAAACUGGCACUACUAGUGAUGUAAACUGGGAUGUCACGUGUCAUAUCAUUAGUAAAGGCAGGAAUCGCCUUCUCCAGCUUAUAUGUAGAGCCGUCUCACUGUCACAUGAAACUGUUGCUAUGGUUAAUCUUUACUGCAGCUAAGACUUGAUGCAGCUCUGCUCCUGUUUCGUGAACAUUGCUCUUUUUUUUGUAGUUGUGAAAAUAUAUUUUCCAUACUGAAGAUCAGAAUUUUAGCCAAUUAAAUGUUUUCUGGGACGCAGUAGAUUCUGUUGUAAAUAUUGCUACGUGUGGCUCAGUGACUAUAAAUAAUAUUUUACUUAGCUGGAACAAGUGAUGAAUGAAUGUCAAGUUAGUUUGCAUGAUUUUCAACUAGUUUUUAUAUUUGCCUUAUUUCAUUUUUCAAAGCAAAACACGGUUUUCAAACAAAAUUAUUCUUAAAGUUGACUCAUAGUUAAUUAAAGUUUAUAAUAUAGAUAAAAAUCUGCUCAGACUCCUUAUAUUGCAAAUUGUUGGUUCUCUUCUUUAGUCUCGGACCGAAAGCUUGAUUUUAAAAUGUACAGAUCACAGAGUGCAUUUGCUUCUUUAUCUUUCUGGUGGCGUUUGCCAAACUCCAUCGCCUCAACCUCAGCCACAUAGCAAAUAGUCCUUUUGAGUCAAAUAGGAAAUAACUGAAAAUGUGUGGAAGUAAUAGCUAUUGAUUGUAUAUAUUCUGUACUAACUUGUUCAUAAAUGUUUCAUCUGUAAAUCCCAUUUUAAUCCUACACAACUAUAUCACAACUUGUAGAAGAUGCAACUUGUAAAACUCCCAAAAGGUUUUUUCCACCACAGACACUUGACACUGACCUGAGACAUUAAUAUGAGUUUAAGAUGAAUGACAGGAGUUUUUACAGCUCUGUUCACUUUCCAUGGUUCCAAAUACAAACAGUAGAAUGUACAACCUCGAUGUAUGAGGGUGGAUAGGACACGAUUCCGGUUUGUUUUUUGAAUUUAGUUAUGUGUGUUACUUUUAUCCCAUUCAUAUCAGACAUGUAUUUUUAUACCACUGGGUGACAGCCAAGUCCUAAACAUUCAAUUCCUACUUGUACAGGCUUUAAGGGCGUCGUGGUAAAUUUGGAACGUGUUCUCUAUCUGUAAUUGGAGGACAUUUCAGAGUGGGGAUUUUUCUUUUUCGUGUCCUCCAGACAUUGUUUUUAAAAGCAAGGAGCACAAGUUCACUUUAGCUGUAGAUUGUUCCCUCAAAAUGUUCCAUCACAUGAGCUCUGUGUAUUUUGAUUAUU